AUGAGGAGCACAGGUGGCUUGGCUGUGCUGCUGGUGGCAGUUGUCUCUGCUGGCUGCCAGGCUCAUGCACAGUAUCCCCUGCCCGACGUAGAGGAUGCCAACUUCGUUGCAGACUGUGUGAGGGCUCACAACAGCUUUCGCUCCAGGGUGACGCCCCCAGCCAGCAACAUGCUGCUCAUGUCCUGGGAUGCUGCUUUAGCUAAGACUGCCAAAGCAUGGGCAGAGAAGUGCAAGUUUGAGCACAACAUCUACCUUAAAACACCAGGGAAGGUGCACCCCACCUUCACCCCUGUGGGAGAGAACAUCUGGACUGGGACAGCCAGCACCUUCUCUGUGGAUGAAGCUCUCAGGGACUGGUUUAAUGAAGUGAGAAGCUAUGAUUUCAACACCAACAGGUGCACUGGCAUGUGUGGGCACUACACCCAGGUGGUUUGGGCAGAGAGCUACAAAGUUGGCUGCGCAGUUCACUUCUGCCACACGGUGGAGGGUUUCCCGGGCCUCCUGGGAGCGGCACAUUUCGUCUGUGACUAUGGACCAGCGGGGAACUACCCAAGACAGCCAUACAAAGCAGGACAGCCCUGCAGUGCCUGCAGCGAUGAGAAGUGUGUGGACAAGCUCUGUGGAAGCACAGAACACGAGAAGCUGAUCAAUUAUGGCUCCUGGUACCCAAGCUGGGGUGCACAGCCCCAGCCACCACGGCCGCGUCCCCCCAGGCCGCCCGCGGAGCAGCCAGGUCCCUCCUGUGACCGCUACUGUCUGGCUGUUACCAUCCUGAGGCCCCUGCUGGUGGUGCUGAGUGCUGGUGCUGUUGUUUUGGUGCAGCAGCGCUUUCCACACACCUUUUUCUAUGAGUAGUGCUGAGUCGUGGUGCUGCUCUUGAGCCUGCCCCUGACAUGCAGAAGGCACUUGGGCAUCUCUCCAGCGUCCUCGUGAUGCUGAUCAGCAUGGAAAAGGCUUUUUCCCCGCUCCAGGCUGGACACGAGUGGCUCUGCAUGCAGUUAGUGGAAUGCACUGGCAGCAGCUGCAGCACACUCGUGUGUCUGACCCAGCCUCCUCGCUCCAGCUCCAGGAUGCACUGCCAGCGGGACCACACAGGCUCCAUGUGCCCACCUAUGCCAACAGCCCCUGCAAUCCAGGGGUGGCACAAAGGCCUGUCUGAAGUGGCACACUGCACCCAGAGGAGGCAGCAACUCAUUUCCAUCACACCGCAGUCAUCCCAACAUCCUAUGCUCCAGAUGAUGGCAGCUGAACUCUGUGUCCGACUGCUUAGCAGUAGCAGGAAUAAAUCCUGUUCUUGAGCCUAUGUGUAUCAGACUCCUGUGAAGAU